UCGGUAAACGAUCAUCGGCCAUCCGCCCAUCAAUUCCGGCCGCACGGCUGCCGAAUCCCGUCUCAGGGUGAUUUCCUUCUGACCUGCAUCAUGUGGCCCUGCCAAGCAUAAAAAACAUACCAACGCCGUCCGUCUUCUGCUGUUGAUGCUCCUGUCCAUGUUGGGGUUUAGGGCCGGUGUUAACUCUAUCAACUUUCGCGACUGGCCGCAAACCGAAACAAGUCACCUCGCACAGGACGUAGGUCAAGACUGCUGAGCGUAUGCAGCUCAAGCCGUACCCAACUCGAGAGCACAUAACACGCUACGAUUCCUGGCGCCCUGGGUUUGUCUUCGUCGGUAACUCUUCUUUGUCGGCGUACAGAUACAGGGUCACCCACAGAUACAAGUCUGCUGCAGGCCUAACCCUGCUUCGUCGUUCGUUCUGCCCACGUCUGUCGCACCGCCAGUCAGGUGUGCUACUACCAGUACCCGCCUGGAUCCAAUUUGCCCUCCGGGGUACCUGCGUCCAGCUAGCAUCGGCCGCGCUGUCCAGCGCCUUCGCGAGCAAGGCUCCGCUCUCGCUCCAGGAUCGGUUCUGCACCGCUUUCCUCGCUUCGAGCCUUGCCUUCCCCAUCAAACAGGUCGGACCCCAUUUCCCCUCGAGUGCGCUCCAGCACCCACCACACCGAAAUAUAAUCGCUCUUCCACCCUUUCCCCUUCAGUCCCCGGCCUGGCGACUCGCCUUUCUUCCCGCGAUGUCCGCUUCCACCUCUUCUUCGUCGUCUUCCAGCAGUUACUUCGAGCAGACGGCCUCUAUGCUCAGUACUGUUGGCGCGUACAUGCGGCUUCCAGCCAUAGCCUCGACGGUAUGGCCAUUCCCGCCUCCUCGUCCUAUGGACAGCCUGUCUUCUCACACAGAUACUUUAAUUUUCCUGUCUGCUACCCCUCCUCUCGAGCAUUCGCCCAAGACCAUGGCCCAACCGCCUUCUUUAGUGGUCUAGGCUAACAUCUUCACUACCUAGGGCAUCGCGGCUGUCUUGACUACCCUCCUUUACUUCAAGCAAAAGUAGGUCCGCUCCCAAGUCCAGGUGACCGCGGUCCCCACCCACAUGGCUAACCUAACGGUGCGCCCUGCAGGGCUCUAAUCUACCCCU